AGCCAUUUUGGCUCAAGGCGCACCGCAGGGCGCUGCCCUGCCCACACACCCCUCUCCUCCGCCUCCCUCCUCCUCUCUUGCGCGGCCAUGGCGGUCGCGUCUCCAGAGCCACCCCCGCCGAGGAGAGGGAUCGUGUACGACAAGUGGCCUUUUCGGAUGGAUGUCGACGUGGAGUACCAGGACUGGGUGCUCGUGCUGGUCUGCCUACUGCUGGCGGCGAGCUGGGCGCUUCCCUGCAUGUGCGGCCACCUCCGGAGCCCCUUGGCCCAGUGCUUCUCGAAGUGGGUGUACACCAGGCUGCACGUAUUCUACUGCGGUCUGUUGUAUGUUAGCCUGAUCGUGCUGAUGUUCACUCUGGUGGUGCUGCCAGACUGGACGGUGAACUCGUUCCUGGAGUAUUUGGUACUCUUCGUCGUGUGGGUCCUUAUACACCUGCAGAAGAUGGUCACAUCGACCGUGAUUAUCAUUGCGUUUUACACCGUGUUUCGCUUCCGUGAGCGGCUCGCGCUCGCCUCUGGUUUCGAAUACCUCACCGUGUUCCACUGGGACUGGAGAGAUUAUGUCGGCUUUGUCGGCAGGAAGCGGCGCCCCAUCGAGGUUUUCAUCUGGAAAGUCGAGGGGCUGCACAGUUCGUCUGGGAAGGUGCUCAAAGCGAACGACCUGUACAUCGAGUGCCACAUGGGACACAACGAGCCCGUGCGCACACGCGUGCACAACAACGCUGGAAGCGGAUGCACCAUACAGCAGUCGUUUCAGUUGAACAUCGAUGAGAGCAGCAGACGUUCGCUGAUGACGCUCAUGGUGAGAGACCAGGCGCUCAUGGGUAGAUCGUCCGAGCUAGCGCGGCUGAUGCUCUCCACCCACGAGAUCUGCGGCAUCGAGGACAAGACGGGCAAGCGCCACCAGCUGUUCACGUACAGUGCCGAGCACUUCGUGGAGCUGAAGCUCUCGCCCGCCGGCACGAUCUGGGUGGCGAUCGCCCCGGUCGAGGAGGGGGACGCCGAAGAGCGGGCCCUGCUGAUGACAGAUGACGAGGAUGCCCUCGUGACCUGCUGAGGGGCUCCGAGGGGCACUGACCGCGACGGCCGUGACGUUCGCGCCGCCAGACUUGCUGACCGCUGUCUCGAGCGCCCUUCAAAAACAAAAGCAAAAACAGC